UUCCGGUCUGGGGGCCUGACUCUCGGUGCGAGCAUGGCUGCAGCCGCCCCUGUUCCGGUGGAGUUGGGCUUCGCCGAGGAGGCCCCGGCCUGGAGGCUGCGCAGCGAGCAGUUUCCCAGCAAAGUGGGCGGGCGGCCCGCGUGGUUGAGCCUGGCCGAGCUGCCGGGACCCGGGGCGCUGGGGUGCGCGCGCUGCGGCCGCCCGCUCGCCUUCCUGCUGCAGGUGUACGCGCCGCUGCCCGGCCGGGACGACGCCUUCCACCGCAGCCUCUUUCUCUUCUGCUGUCGCGAGCCGCCGUGCUGCGCCGGCCUGCGAGUUUUUCGUAAUCAGCUACCAAGGAAAAACGCGUUUUACUCAUAUGAACCCCCUUCUGAAACGGGAGCUUCGGAUACAGAAUGUGUGUGCCUCCAGCUUAAGUCUGGAGCCCAUCUCUGUAGGGUUUGUGGCUGCUUGGCCCCUAUGACAUGCUCUAGGUGCAAACGGGCACAUUACUGCAGCAAGGAGCAUCAGACGUUAGACUGGCGGCUCGGACACAAGCAGGCCUGUACACAAUCAGACCAUUUAGACCAUACGGUUCCAGACCACAAUUUCCUGUUUCCAGAAUUUGAAAUUGUAACAGAAACAGAAGAUGAGGUUUUGCCUGAGGUUGUGGAAACGGAGAAUUAUUCUGAAGUGAUAGGAACCAUGGGGGGAAUACCUGAGGAAGAACUAAAUUCCAUGGCAAAGCAUGAAUCCAAGGAAGAUCACAUAUUCCAAAAGUUUAAAUCCAAAAUAGCCCUUGAACCAGAGCAGAUUCUCAGGUAUGGAAGAGGUAUUAAACCCAUCUGGAUUUCCGGUGAAAAUAUUCCUCAAGAAAAAGAUAUUCCAGAUUGCCCCUGUGGUGCCAAGAGAAUAUUUGAAUUCCAGGUCAUGCCUCAGCUGUUGAACCACCUAAAGGCAGACAGACUGGGCAGAAGCGUGGACUGGGGCGUCCUGGCUGUCUUCACCUGUGCUGAGAGCUGUAGCCUGGGUAUAGGCUACACAGAAGAAUUUGUGUGGAAGCAGGAUGUGACAGAUUCACCUUAAAGGGGUUAAAUCCUUAAAAAUAAAUGUUCCUUAUGCCUCAGUA